AUGGCUCACUCAUUCACCUGGCGCCUCAAGAUCCUCUAUCCAAGCGAAGCUGAAUUUGAUUACGAAUAUUAUACGACGAAGCACAUGCCCAUGUUUGAACAGGCUGCGGGGACCGUGCUUCUAAACUGGAACGUGGUGAAGCUCGUCGGUGAUAACGUGCCGUUCCAGAUCCAGACGACUUUCACGUUCAGCUCGAGCGAGGGCUUUGAUGCGAUCAUGGCUGGUCCUUGGGGCGAGAAGUUGUUCGCAGACAUUAAGAAUUUCUCAUCCAUGGACCCUCUCAUCAUGAAACAUGGGGAGCGGUUGGAGAAGAAGGAUAUUGCCUUGGAAUAUUAG